AGUACUUUCGGUGGUCUACCGUCUAUGGUCAACCGGCGUCUGCCGUCUGCUAUUGUUGUUUUGUUUUGUGUGAAAUCGAAAUAAAUAAUGUAAAAUUUAAAACAUGUCUGUAAUAUCAGAUUAUAAACACUUUUUCCCAAUAGACAGUAUUCAAAAAGUAUGUGACCUUUUUGAGGAGCAGUUGCGCAGAAAUGAGGAACCGGACUUGGCAUUGUUUUCUAUUAUAAUUGGCGCUGUUGAAAAUAAUUUAACAAAAGUUAAAAACAGCGAAAAGGACGUAAAUUUGUCCUCUAAUAAAUUUAUUAAAAUGACUUUUCCUUCUGUAGAGUGGGACGAAGUGAAAACACUUUAUGAUCGCUUCGUAUCUUUGAUGAAAAGCGGCGUCGACACAAAGUUGUUAAGUGGAGAACUUGCUACGCGUGAUUUAGUCAAAAGAGUGGCAGAUGUGGUUUGGAACUCCUUGACACGAAGUUAUUAUAAGGACAGGGCUCACCUACAGUCUAUUUACAGCUUUUUAACUGGAAAUAAAUUGGAUUGUUUUGGAGUAGCUUUUGCUGUGACUGCUGGCUGUCAAGUUCUGGGUAAACAAGAUGUACACCUAGCGCUCUCAGAAGAUCAUGCUUGGGUUGUUUUUGGAAAAGAUGGAUCAAACACUGCUGAAGUAACAUGGCAUGGCAAAGGCAACGAAGACAAAAGGGGACGGUCUGUUGGAGAAGGAGUGCUUGCUCGCUCGUGGCUGUAUGUGGCGGGCAAACCUGUUGUAUGCUCUCGGGUAAUGGAACUUGCAGCAUUAGUGUCAUCCAUUAAUCCCACACUAACACCUACUAUCGAUGUGCACGAAGUAGCGCAGAUGCAGCACAAGCUCCUUUGGUUGUUGUUUGAUAAAGGCCAUUUAGAUGCAUAUCCUAUGGCUUUAGGAAAUCUUGGUGAUCUGGAUGAGUAUAUGAAGAUAUCGAAUUGCACAGAAGAACCAGAUAAUUCCACAUUAAAAGAUGAAACUGAAAUCACAAAGUCAAAUACACCAAGACCAGAUUCAGCAGCUUUGUACGUUCAAGCGAUUCGCUCUUCUAGAACAUAUUAUGAGGAUCGUCAUGUGUACCCAUACACUUUUCAAGGUGGCUAUUACCAUCGACAUAAAAUGUAUAAGGAAGCAUUUCAUGCCUGGGCCUGUGCUGGUGAUGUUAUUAGACACUAUAACUAUUCAAGAGAUGAUGAAGAAAUAUACAAGGAAUUUUCUGAAAUUGCAAAUGAACUCAUACCACAAUUGAUGAAAGCUGAAAGCUCUGGACAUUCUGCAAGAUCAAUUUUAAAGGAUCCAGAAUGUUUCGCAUCUCUUCUUAGGUUUUAUGAUGGAAUUUGUAAAUGGGAAGAGGGAAGCCAAACACCCAUUCUGCACAUAGGAUGGGCGAAGCCUCUCGUAAGUACCAUAUCGAAAUUCGAUGCAGAGGUAAGAGCCCAGGUUAACAUAGUCUGUAGCCCUGACAACGGCGAGCCAACAGAUGAGACGCGCAAAUCUGAAAAGUCAAGUCAGAAAGAGGACAAGGAGAUGGACAACGACAGGUGGAACAAUAACUCGGAGAAUACAGAACUGUCGGUCAGGGAGCAACUGACCGCAGCAGUAAACAGCAGACCUCGAGUGACACUGUACAGUCACAAGAUGGCAGCUCUCAAGCCACUGCUGCUGGCCGAGCGCCUCAACACGCACGCACUGCAGUUGCAGCUGACAGCGCAAAGUCAGUUACAAAGACCGCAGCCGCCGGCUAAACGGCGUGAGGAUGAUGAACACAAUUCCCAAGCGCCGACGGCGCGAGCCAAGCGCGCUCGUCGCGAGCGUUAAGCGCUUCCUGUACAAUACGAUGUAAAUAUAUGAGAUUAUAUUAUUGCCUCGUUGGGCUAGUGGUUAGCUUGUUAGGCCGUUGAUGUCGAUUUCCGGAUCGGGAUAAAAACGGGAUUUGGUUUUUCCUUCAAUAAAUUCUCAGUAGGUAUUAGCCCGGAGUCGGGAAAUCGGUGGUGUUUCGGUAUGUAAGCCGGCGGUCCUUCGCGUGAUCUCUCUCUGGUCUUAUCGGAUUGCUGUCCCACUGGACUAUAAAAGGAAAGGAAUGGAGAGUGUGCCUGUGUUUGCGUACACACUUGUGCCCUAUAAGCAGGAGGCUUUAUCUCUGUGGAGAUUGGCCACUAGGGCCAAAAUUCGGCCAUUAUUAUUGCAUUUAAAUAAUAAAUACAUAUUUAAAUAAAAGAGUAAGAACUUAUAACUAUUUUAGUAGGUAUUACUUAAUAGUACUUAUUACUUAAUAGUAUUUAGGAAUCUUUUACGGGAAAAUAAAUAUCUUUAGACUGAAAUCAAAGAUCGUUGCUGCGCUAAUGCUUGGUGUAGAGCACCAAAAUUACUUCAGUAUUAGAGCCAUUUGAAUUCGCCACCUAUAUCAUAUUUACUAUUAUAGAACUGCGUCGAUCAGCGACGCGCCGCAGAAUCGAAUCGUUUGUAAUGGUGUGGCUCCAUUGCAAUUGGUGAACAUAUUCGGCAAAGAUUCGUUGGUGUGGCCGGCGUCAGUCGUAUAAUUUGCACAUUCACAAAACAUUUGACGAAUAUGUAUUCGUGUUGAGGCGGCAAUUUGGCCCGGAUCAAACGAAAUUAGUUUAAGAUCCGGCUGCUUGAAUCUGUAUCUGUCUUUUAAUAAAACUUUUUUUUAAUGAUAUAUAGACAACUUUGUCUAGGUCGUCUAUAUAUCUAUUCUACUAUCAUGUAUUGUUCAUAAAAAAUUAGUUUUAUAAAAAAACAGAUAUGCAGAUUCAAGCGCCGGAUCUUAGACAAAAACAUUCAUCGAAUCCCGAAUGUGGUGGCCACACUGGUAAAUAGAUUUGCCGUUUGCCGAACUUUCGUCAAACUUGCCCAAACUCGAAACGAAACAUUCGCGCAUAGAAUCAUAGAAAUUUCACCGUCAUAGAAAUUGCAACCAACGCGUGUCGGCUCGAUUCUUCGCGCCUCAGGUCGACUCCAUGUUUAACUGUGUGAUGUGUCGUAGUGUGUCGCAAAGCUCUCUGGCAUUGGCCAAUUAGAAUGAGUCUAGAACGAGUCUUAAGCCGCUUUUCCACCAGAGAUAUUCUAUGC